UGGCGGUUUUAAUCCCUAUAUUAUGGGAUCAAGAAAGUCUUCUUCUUGAUUGAUUAGUUCUUGGUUAAUACGUUAACUUGUCCACAGAAGGAAACCAUAAAAAUUUAAAAAAAAAAAAGAAGAAAAAUGGGAGAUGCCACUUUCAUUGACAUCCUACUGGCGAUCUUCUUGCCUCCUGUUGGCGUCUUCCUCGGAUUUGGCUGCAAGGUGGAGUUUUGGAUCUGUCUGGUCCUAACGUUAUUCGGAUAUCUCCCAGGAAUUGUCUAUGCUGUUUAUGUUCUCACCCAUUAGCAACUCAAAAGAUCCACCUUCCAUCUUGCAUUCUCAGAUUCAAAGUAUGUUUCAGAUGUACCUUUCAAUUUCUCUGUCUAAUGAAAAGUUUGGUUUCAACC